GCAUCCUCAAGAAUAUAUCAUCUUAUUGAUGUUUUUGCGCUGAAUAUGAGACGCGGGGGUCCUGGAGAGAGCACCAGAGACCUACGCUUGCGAAGGUUUCUCCCAGACAGCAUGGCAGUGGAAAAGCGCUUGGCGUAUUCUAUCAUCCAGUUCCUCAGAGAUCAGACUCACUGUGGCUCGCUGAAUUCAGAUGAACAGGAAAGUCUGGAAGUUGCAGUACAGUGUCUGGAGACGACUUUCAAGAUCAGCUCCAGUGACUAUCAUCUUGCCGCCCCUCAGCCGCUGAGAGAGAUAUUCCUCAAUUCCCUCCUCAAAAAUGAUAUUGUUUCAUUACCUGAGACGUUUCCAUCUCCAGAGGACAUCGAGAGAGCUGAGCAGCUGAAAAAUGAGGGGAAUAACCACAUGAAAGAGGAGAAUUAUAGCAGCGCUGUGGACUGUUAUACAAAAGCCAUUGAGUUGGACCAAAGAAAUGCAGUGUAUUACUGUAACAGGGCCGCGGCACAUAGUAAGCUGGGAAACUACACAGAGGCUACGGGAGACUGUGAGCGAGCGAUUGCCAUCGACCCGUCGUACAGUAAAGCUUAUGGCAGAAUGGGAUUGGCACUAACUUCUAUGAGCAAGUAUCCCGAGGCGAUAUCUUAUUUUAAUAAAGCUCUGGUGUUAGAUCCUGAAAACGACACCUACAAAUCCAACCUAAAGAUAGCAGAGCAGAAACAAAAAGAAGCAUCCAGCCCUACGGCCACAGGACUGGGCUUUGACAUGGCCAGCCUCAUCAAUAACCCCGCUUUCAUUAGCAUGGCUGCCAGUGUGAUGCAAAACCAGCAGGUGCAGCAACUCAUGUCGGGCAUGAUGUCUAACGCGGUGGGGGGACCUGCAGCCGGAGUCGGUGGAUUAUCUGACAUAUCCAGUCUCAUUGAAGCUGGACAGCAGUUCGCCCAGCAGAUCCAGCAGCAGAAUCCAGAACUGAUCGAACAGCUGAGGAACCACAUCCGGAGUCGCUCUUUCAGCGGCAGCGCCGAGGAGCACUCCUGAUCCCAGCAGGAUCAAGAACCGAAGGAGGGCGGCGGAAGGAAGUCGUGAGUGCAAUCGUUUAAAUCAAUCUUCUAUUCCUAUUCGAACCUGAGAUGAAGGGCAUGGCACUUUAUAUGGAAGCAUCAGAAGAGAAGAGGAAAAAACACAUUUAAAAUCACCUAAUACACAGAGAACAUCAUCUUAAUACCCGAGUGAGGUUUCUUUGUGUUUGUCUGUUUA